GUCAAAUCAAACAUGGCGGGUUCCUUGGUGUAGUUCCUGUCGCUUUAUUAUUCCGUACAGUGACGUAGAGCCGCCGUUAGAGCUCCUGAGCGCGGGCGGUGAGGCGGGAGAAGACAGAGGAGAGCACCAUGCCCCGGGAGAUCAUCACGCUGCAGCUCGGCCAGUGCGGUAAUCAAAUCGGGUUUGAGUUCUGGAAGCAGCUGUGUGCAGAGCAUGGCAUCAGCCCAGAAGGGAUUGUGGAAGAAUUUGCGACUGAAGGCACCGAUCGGAAAGAUGUAUUCUUCUAUCAGGCCGACGAUGAGCACUAUAUACCUCGAGCAGUGCUGCUGGAUCUGGAGCCGAGAGUUAUCCACUCCAUUUUAAACUCCCCAUAUGCCAACCUUUACAACCCCGAGAACAUCUACCUAUCCGAACAUGGCGGAGGCGCUGGGAACAACUGGGCUAGUGGCUUUUCACAGGGUGAGAAAAUCCAUGAAGAUAUAUUUGACAUUAUUGAUCGAGAAGCUGAUGGCAGCGAUAGUUUGGAGGGAUUCGUCCUGUGCCAUUCCAUCGCUGGCGGUACUGGUUCCGGUUUAGGUUCUUACCUAUUGGAGAGAUUAAAUGACAGGUAUCCCAAGAAGUUGGUUCAGACUUACUCUGUCUUCCCGAACCAGGAUGAAAUGAGUGACGUUGUCGUCCAGCCCUACAAUUCCCUCCUGACGCUGAAGAGGCUGACACAAAAUGCUGACUGUGUGGUGGUUUUAGAUAACACCGCAUUGAACAGAAUUGCUACAGACAGACUGCACAUACAGAACCCAUCCUUCUCCCAGAUAAACCAGUUGGUAUCCACCAUAAUGUCCGCCAGCACUACAACCCUCCGUUAUCCAGGCUAUAUGAACAAUGAUUUGAUUGGGUUAAUUGCAUCUCUCAUCCCCACACCACGUCUGCACUUCCUGAUGACUGGAUACACCCCGCUGACUACAGACCAAUCGGUGGCCAGUGUGCGGAAGACCACCGUGCUGGAUGUGAUGAGGAGAUUACUGCAACCCAAGAAUGUCAUGGUGUCCACCGGCCGGGACAGGCAGACGAAUCACUGUUACAUAGCAAUCCUGAAUAUCAUUCAGGGAGAGGUGGAUCCUACUCAGGUGCACAAAAGUUUGCAGAGAAUAAGAGAACGGAAAUUGGCCAACUUUAUCCCAUGGGGUCCAGCUAGCAUUCAAGUGGCCCUUUCCAGGAAGUCCCCCUACCUUCCAUCUGCACAUCGGGUCAGCGGACUAAUGAUGGCCAAUCACACCAACAUCUCAUCUCUCUUUGAGAGAACGUGCCGGCAGUAUGACAAGCUGAGGAAACGUGAGGCCUUCCUGGAGCAGUUCCGUAAAGAGGACAUUUUCAAGGAGAACUUUGAUGAGCUGGAUAACUCGAGGGAGAUUGUCCAGCAGCUGAUAGAUGAAUACCAUGCCGCCACCCGUCCGGAUUACGUUUCAUGGGGUACUCAGGAUAAGUGAGCGAUGCCAGCACGGACACUACAGUAUCGGAGCACAGUGUGGGAUGGGGGAUCACCUGUAAGUAAGAAUGUAAUCCCAUCCAUAUGAUCUACCUUGUUUCACCGGGGAGCAACAUCUAUUCUGGUCACUGGGCUAUAGAGCGCCCCCGCAGAGGAACCAGAUGUAACUGCAGCUUGUCAUAAGCUGUUGCUUAUGUUACUAAAUGAAGAGCUUCACACCUCCAUGUUUUGUGUGAUGAGGCCAACUAAUGCUUAUUCAUUGUAUAUGAAGUAAUAAUCCGGCUAUCCAGGCAGACCUGACAUCAUUUACAUUUUUAGGUAUAUACAUUCAUGUAAAGGUUGAGGAAUUCCAUCCCUUGAAGGGAUUUUCCGCUUACAAUGAUUUUUAAGCAAGUGCCCGCAGCCUGCCUGCUGAAACCGAAGAGUGCAUAUAACCAUAUCCUUGCAUGACCGGAUGUAACCAGUGCGGGGACUAGAAGAUGGACACAGCGGAGGAUUGGCGCUGCAUGGAGCGAGUAAAAAUAAAUCUUCUGUUUCAGCAGGCAGCCUACGGGCACUUUAAAAAUAAAAUAAUUAUUAUAACCAGAAAACCCCUUUUAAUGGAUGUUUACUAAGCAGGGCAUAAGGACUGCCCUUAAAGGGGAUUCUGUCAGCAGUUUUCACCAUGCAAAACUGCUGAUUGCGCUAGAUUGGGUAGAGCAGUACAAACAUACCUUUUGUGGAGCUUUUAUUAUGAGAAGUAGUGUGAAUAUGACGUUUUAUUCUGGCAGAUUCUUCCCCUACAAGUGCAAAGGGGGCACGUCUUCACUGUGAAGCCCUUCCUGCAUUCAACAGCCCCUCUGCUUUGUCACACUGAGGGGAGGGGCUGUGAAGCAGCUCAGUAUGGAGAGCACUACAUAGUGAAGCUCCACCUCAUGGACACUUGCAGGAGCAGAACCUGCUUGUUCACACUCCUCCUGAUAAUAAAAGCUUCAGAAAAGGUUUUAUUGUCCAGCUCACCCCAGCCCCUACCUAGUGCUGUCAGCAGUUUAUUAUGUUAAAAACUUCUGACAGACUCCCUUUAAAGGUGGGCAAUUGGAACAUUCACAGAUUUUUGAAGGAUCUUAUGUUACAGACAACUGACAGGAAAAGUUACGUUUUUACAUUUUUAUUGCAAGAAAUUGUGUGCUGUUGGUAGGGUCACCUUAGCCCCCGCCCCCCCCCCCCCUCCCUCCCGUGAUCUAGGGGAUUCUAGGGAUGGUUGUUCCCCUCCUAUCUGCACUAAGCGUCCUUCAAAGUUACUUAUAGUCCUCCACGACCCAGUCGGACUAGGAAGUUUCAGGAUUUCCUGAAGGAUACCUGAUCGUCCUCAACUGCAGCACUCCAAGCUGGCAAGACUGUUCCUUUCUUUCUUAUCACGAAUCUUGCCUGUUGUGCUAUAGGACUUCAGGUGCCCUGUAGUUCCAAUAGUGGAUUCUUGUACUUUGCAUUCAAUGUUUUGUCCUUUUUUGAUAGCUGGUACUACCCAGAUAUUUUAUUGUAUUUAUUAAAAGUUAUAUUUUAGCUUCCUUUUUGCCCCUUUCUGGGCUUUUGAUUUAUCAAUAUUAAAAUAGGUUAUCUAAAAAAAAAAGGUCUGUCUCUCCCCCCCUUUCCCAGAAACAGCGCCACUCUUGUCCAUAGGCUGUAUCUGGUACUGCAUCUUAGCCCUAUUCACUCAAAUGAAGAGUGAGCUGUAGUGCCAGGUACAGCCCAUAAACAAGAGGCACUCGUUUUUUGUUUUUUUUCUAAUCUUAGACAACCCCUUAUAUAUCCAUAGAUGCUAUGGAUUUACAAAAAUAUCCACAAUUUUAUUUCCCGCAUUGGCAUUGAAGAUGGUGCAUUCAGAAAAUUACGUGGUUCUUGUAUUACCCCUAGCUGACUACUAGGAGGACAGGGCAUCUUGUAUUGGAACAGAACUGUGAUCUCCAGCCUAUGCAAAACUACAACAGCCAUGUGCUUGCUGGAAGUUGUAGUGUUUCAGACACAAGUUGAACAACACCAUAUUUCUGGUACCUUAUAAACACUUUUUAAAAGGGUACAUUGAACUUUCUACAUUUUUGAACCCCAAAACAAUCCAUUUAGUUUAGUGCAUGGCAUGCAUAAUACUUUUACUGCCAAUUGCAGCAGUGUUUUUUUAUUUUAUAUUGUUCCCCUGAAAAGUGAAAGCUGUGCUGUGAUUGGUUGCUGUGGACAACACAGACCAGUUUUCCUUUGGCGUAGCAAUGUCUAAGAACUGAUGCACACAGCUGGAUUAUUGCUCUAUGCACCCACCCAGUUCUACUUAGCUGCCAUAGGGCACCAUAGAAGUCUUUUGACAUCAUUGAGUUACAGAGCUUCAAAUCCUUUCCAUUGUCGUAGAGUUAAAUGAUAACACUCCAGGUUGUUUGCAGCCACCACUAGAGGGAGCUUUCAGGAGAUGCUUAAUGUCAAGUUCAAUGUAUUCAGUAAGCUCCCUCUAGUGGUGGCUGCUGUUACUAGAAUAUCUAAAUCUGUUUCAGGGAUUUGGUGUUCUGUAUCAGAAAAACAAAGCUCCGUCCGCAAUUUUCCAUUUUAAUGGUCUGUUAGGUGUAUAUAUUUCUUGCUAUAGAAGAAAUGGAUCCCAUUAGAGAUAAGAGGGUAAAACGUUUUUACCUUUUUUAAUUUGAACUACAUGUACGUAAUGCAGGUGUAAAAUACGCCAUGUGUGCGCACCGUACAGUGAGCAUAUCCAAGUGCAGCUGGACUUGUAUUGACAUUUAUCAUUUAUGCAUGAUGGCCUUGAAGCUCGCAGGUAUCUGUCUUGUAUUAGCUCAGUUGGUAAAGUGUCCUUUUAUUCUAGGAAAGCAUCUAAUACUUAUCUAUAUAUUUGUACGUAAAAUGUAUGUAUUGGAGGUCUGCCUGGAAAGAGCUGUAUUUUCACACUGUCUUCUCACUCUCAGCAAUUGUAGAAUUAUUCUUAUUCUUAUUAAAUAAGAUUCCUGUAA